AUGCCUCCAACGCGCACCGAGCCUGUUCCCAACGGCGCUCUUCCAUCCCCUCCUCCCUCAUCGUCGACACCCGACGAACCUUCCUCCGCUGCUCAACCGUCAAGCACAGCCGGGCCUGCUCCUCCUGUCCGUGGCCCUCGAACCCGCUAUCUCCGCGCGUGUGACACCUGCAGGGCACGCAAAGUCCGCUGCGAUAACAAUGACCCAUGCGAACAAUGUGCAAAGCACAAUCUCGAGUGCACUUUCAAUGCCGACUUAAAGCUUCUUGCCUCAUCGACAUGCCGGGUCAGGAAGCGCCCCCGCAUAUCGCGCCCACGGUCGGCAUCUGUGUCGUCAUCCAACACCUCUGCCAAGAAGUUGCAGCCUGCCAACAGCCUUGAUAACAUGCCUCCACGCCCCAAAGCACCCGCAAUGGGUGCUCAAGAUCGUCGCAUCGAAUGUGACUGGGCGUCGCACUGGUUUGUAGGCAGUGACGGUCUCCCACGAUUGACUGGCGUCACUUCCGGACUGCCCAUGUUUGAUGCCGCCCUGCACAUUGCCUCGUCAUCAACGCAAUGGCAACCCGACAACGAGCGUGACUGGGGCGCUUUGAGCAACAUGCUCCUGGCUGAUGAGCCCACGGACGAUACUUCGUCGAGGCCCCGACAGCUGGGCGGAGACGACGGCGAGUUCUUCCCAGACCGUCAAACCGCCGAGUUGCGGCCCCCGCCCACAGACUACUAUACCGAGGUAACCAGCGUUAUCCCAGAAGACUUACUGGCCAUCCUUAUUCCGAAAUUUUUUGAAGUAGUCCACGCGUGCUGGCCAAUUAUCCACCCUCCCACCUUCCUCGAGCAGCUGUAUCGAUGGGAUGACCCGGGAUGCGCAGCAUUGGCUGUGUCAAUGUGCAUGCUCGCAUCCCGUUACACAUGCGAUCCGAGAGUGCUCUCAAUCCCAAGUGACCCGUCUUCGGCUGGGCGUCACUAUCAUGACCUCUUUGUCAAGUUGACCGACCUCCAGAACGGACACAGCCUGUAUGAGCUUAUCGCGUUCUUCUUUACGUCACAGUUCUUCUGUACCGACAACGUCCCCACGCCACUUGCACACACAUACUUCUCUAUCGCGCUUUCCAAGACCAUCGACGGUGGUGUUCACAAGCACCUUCCAGCAUCCAUUCCCCUGGACGAAAACAGGCGAGAGAUGCGCAAGCGUGCGGCAUGGGCCGUCUUCUGCCUUGACAAGCAGUAUGCCUGUCUGUCAGGUCGCCAUCCAUUGUUGAGUGUGAUGGACAUGAGCCUCGGCAAGCCGGCGCCAUUUGUCGAAGAAUCGGCUGCGACCGCUCAAUCCCAACUCCUGGACAGCAAGUACAUUGAAAUCUUCGAGGCCUUCGUAUCGGUCUCAUGCGUGCUCGACUACGCUCUUAAGGUACCUCUGACAGUGCUCCACGAUUGGGACUUCCUUAAUGAUGUUACGGGGCAGCUCGAAGCGGAUAACGUCCCCAGCAUCAAUCAGCACAUGGAGCAGGCGGAAAAGCUGCUUGAUGAGUGGCGCAGACAACUGCCCCCUAGCCUAGCUAAACGGUCUCUGGCCGACCGAUUCACCUCUCCCCUUCACUCGGCUGCGUCUGAACAGGUGGCCAGCACCGAGACCCUGAUUUCACUUAUAUUAUGCAAUCGACGCAUGUACCAGUCCACGAUUCACGGUCCUGGAAUAAGCGAAGACGAUACACGACCGCACAGCAUGGCCAUUGGCCGUGUUCUCCGCGAUCCUGUCCUCAAGCACGCGCGUGAAAUGAUCAACUCGUGUAUUCAAAUGGGUGCUAUCGAGCAUCUAGGCCACCUCGACAUGUUGGUUGUAUACCGUGUCUUCCUGGCGAGCAGAUGUUUGAUAACCAGCUAUCUGUGUUGCCGGGCAGACGCCGACCGCGAGUACGCAUUCAAGAUCCGCCAGUCGAUCAACGCCGCUUCCAUCCUUCUCCACCGGCUAGUUACCCUGUUCCCCGCUGCUAUUGGCGCCGCCGAGACCUUCGACGAGAUGUGCCGAGGCAAUGUGCAGCAUCCCAGUGCAGCGUUCGUCUGA